CGUUUGAAUUUUGAGCGUUACGAACGGUCAGCGUUCGUGCAGGUGCAUGCACAUCCCGCCUAUUGAGCCCUCAUUUUCCUCAGUUAAAAGUGAAAAAACUAGGUGUUUUUCGGGAUUAUAACCGAACCGACGUGAGUCAGGUUCACAGUGAAAUCAGCAGGAUGGAGAACUUCAUGAAGGUCGAGAAGAUUGGCGAGGGCACUUAUGGCGUCGUGUACAAGGGGAAACACAAGAAAACUGGGGAAAUUGUUGCCAUGAAGAAGAUUCGUCUGGAGAGCGAUGACGAGGGCAUACCCUCCACAGCCAUCCGCGAAAUUUCCUUGCUGAAGGAGUUGAAGCAUCCGAACAUCGUGGGCUUGAUUGAUGUGCUCAUGGAGGAGUCCAGGCUUUAUCUCAUCUUCGAGUAUCUCACCAUGGAUCUCAAAAAGUAUAUGGACACUCUGGGGAAUGAAAAAUUAAUGCCCGCCGAUACUGUCAAGUCGUAUUUGUACCAGAUCACACGAGCUGUGCUCUUCUGUCACACACGACGAGUCCUCCAUCGUGACUUGAAGCCCCAGAAUCUGCUCAUCGACGAGCGUGGCGGAAUAAAAGUCGCUGAUUUCGGUCUGGGAAGGGCAUUUGGCAUUCCAGUGAGAGUCUACACACACGAGGUCGUUACCCUCUGGUACAGGGCUCCCGAGAUCCUCCUAGGCACCACAAGGUACACGUGUGCCAUCGAUGUCUGGAGUAUAGGGUGCAUCUUCGCUGAAAUGGCGACGAAGAAGCCACUGUUCCAGGGGGACAGUGAAAUUGAUCAGUUGUUCAGAAUAUUUCGUGUCUUGAAGACACCAACAGAAGAAAAUUGGCCUGGUGUCACUCAACUAGCAGAUUACAAAGCCACAUUUCCCAACUGGACGUCAAAUAAUUUAGGAAGUCAGGUGAAGCCCCUGAACGAAAAGGGUGUUGAUCUCCUCCAGGCGAUGCUCAUCUACAACCCAGAGAAACGUAUAUCAGCACGUGCAGCUCUCGAGCACCCCUACUUCGACGAUCUAGAUCUCAAUAAACUUCCUCCAACGUGAUAAAUAUACCGAGGAAAAUCAUGUGGUUUUGGAUUCUCCGGGACGACAAUCUCCACUGCUUCGUUCACGGGAAUACCUCUGUCGUUUCUUUUAACUCCACAAUUCGAUUUUAAAGUGUAAUCGUUAAAUACUCCAGUUUGAUUCCAUAUUCACGUCGAUAUGCACUCGGUGUUUAUUAUUCCUCUCAAGUUUUAUUAUAAUUUAACUCAAUCGCACUUUUGUGUAUCUCAUUUUUUAUUUCAUUUGAUUAUUUAUCUUGAUGUCGGUUCAUUUGAGGGGUUUUCCACAGGUCGCUGACUCUUCGCAUUAUUUUCGAGUUGAAAUUCAUGGUUGAGAUAUUUUUUGGACAUGGUCUGGGGGAUCUUUUUAGAGAAAAUGUCUUUGGGUGGAUUAAGGCGAUGAGAAUGGAGUUUUAUGUCAUGAAAUUGCAAUAGAAAUUCACUGGAAUUUAAAUUUCAACAGAAUUUGAAUGGAAUCGCAAUUGAAAUUCCUGUCAUCCCACAUCUAUAAAAUCUUCUGCAGAACAUGUCCAUAACAUAUUUUCAGCCACGUCGUCACAAUUGUCUGUAUAAUACACAUUCCUUCCCUGUCCAAGCAAUCAUCAUGCUCGCAGGGCAAUUCGUCCAAUGAACUUGUAAAUAUUUUGGAUGAUAAACGAAAAAUUGAGAAUUAUCUCAUUAUGUAAACAACGAAACCGUACGAGUGUUCAAUUUUUGACAUGUGACACGUUGAUUGUCUGAGGAGUUGGAAAAAUAAAGAGAAAUAAUGUAAUGUUUCUAGAUCAGAUUAA